GAUUUCCUCAAGUCUUAUGCCACCAAGAUGUUGAGCUAUAUGAAUCUCACCGUGAAGCCAUGUGAUGAUUUCUAUGAGUACGCAUGUGGCAACUGGAAGAAUGUGAAACCGGAAAGGCAAACUGAAAAUAAACGUAGCAAUUUAUUUGAUAACGUUUACACUCUGGCCGAUAUAAGUGAACAGUUGCUGCUAUCAGAGACACAGCUUGCAACCGACCUGGACUAUGGAAAUGAGAUGAAGAUUGCACAACAAUUUUAUAACGCUUGCUUGAAUGCUAAGCUCUAUCCACUGCCAGCAGCUGACCCUGCUUAUCUGAAGCUUAUCAGGUCGAUUGGCGGAUUUCCCGCUUUAGACGGGGAAGCAUGGCAAGCCUCGAAUUUCAGUUGGUUUAACAUGAGUGCACAUUUGACGAGUUAUGGUGGCAUUGGUCUCAUCUAUGAAAAGAUUACUGCGAAAUACCCAUUUGAACCGUACUUCAAGCUGCCCGAGCUGGGUUUCGACUUUAUCGUUCACAGCGACAACAUCGCUACCAAUGACACCAAAGGAUACAAGCGCAACGAGAAGCGUAUGCACGAAUAUCUGACGGCCAAUGGAUUAUCUGAGGAAAAGACAGCUGAUGUGAUAGCCGGGGUGUUUGCGUUUUGGCGUGAAGCACUUCAGGUUGCAGAUCGUUUUAAUGAGAAUGAAGAAAAAUGUGAAGAACUUACCAGAACUGAGAACUUGAAGUUGUUUUCGGGUUGGAAAGAUUACUAUGAAAUCGUCUGGGGAGGAAUGGAGCAUUUUGGUGUUUAUCCACCUGAACACUUCUGCGACUUCUAUUAUCAUGAGCUGGAUAAAGUGUGUGCCAAGCACAAAGAAGCCGUUGCCAAUUAUCUGGCCAUGAAGCUGCUGUUUACUAUGGAUCCCAAAUUGAAAUCAACUAAGUUUCAGCGCGAAAGUUGUCUACUGGAAGUGCAGUCUUCAGUGCCGUAUCUGCUGGAUAAACUUUACUAUACGAAAUAUUUUACCAAAGAAACCCAAUCGGAUAUCUUAGAGAUAAUUAAAGAAUUGCGUGAGUUUCUACAUGAAGUCCUCAAUAAUGCAACCUGGAUCGAUGAAGAGACUCGCAAGAAGGCAUUGUUGAAAGAGUCAAAAAUGACAACUCGUAUAGGUUCGUUUAAGGAUGAGCACCUAACGCAGCUUCUCAUACGCGAAAUGAACAAUCUCACCUUUGUGCCAGACAGUUAUACACAAAGCAUCAUCAAUUUAAGGAAAUUCCGCAGAUAUAUGAAGCGCUACAAUUCUAUACAUCACAAGCAGCUGUCAAACGAAACAAAACCGUUGGAAAUGUUGCUGGGUAUGCAAGUGAAUGCAUUCUAUUAUCACGUAGACAAUUCGAUUAAUGUAAUGUCCGGGGUGCUACAUCCACCAGCCUAUCAUCAUGAUUGGCCCAAUUCGCUAAAGUAUGGCACUUUCGGUUAUUUGGUUGGUCACGAACUGUCUCAUGGUUUCAAUAGCGUUGGCUCCGUCUUUGAUAGCAAAGGCGAAGUACGAAGUUGGUUUGAGGAGCUCGAUAAUCGCCGUCAAUGUUUUAUAGAUCAAUACAGCAAAUAUCACGUGCCUCAGAUCAAUCGUACUAUCGAUGGUGAUAAUACGAAGAAUGAGAAUAUGGCCGAUAUUAGUGGACUAUAUAAGGCAAUGAAUGCCUAUCGUCUUCACACAACACAUCACAAGCAGCUCCAUAAACGAGAUGUGUCCUACGACAUGAGUAAUGAACAAAUGCCCGGCAUAGUAAAGGAAGAAACGAUGAAGAUAUUGACCAACUCAGAGCUGAAGAGCUGGGUUUUAGUCAGGAAUUUGGUGCGAAUUCGCAUGUUACCAGAAAAGUUCGCAUGCACAAACUGGAAUGGAAUCUUCCAGGAAGUCACAUGUUCAUGGCCAAAUGAGCGCUUACUAUGGAUGAUUCGCGACGAUGAACUAAACGGAAUUUCCGUUCGAGCACUUACAUUUAUCUUGAAAGAAAUUUAUAGAAGCUUGUUGAUAACGGAUAUAGUGUUAUAG